AUGUUCAGUGAAGGUUUGUUGAAUGAGUACCAGGAAGUCUGGUCCCUCCCUCUGCCGGACAUCCCCAGGGUGGGGCACGGUUGGUCCCUGGCAGGUUCGGGCAGGCAGAGAGGGCCCCAUAGCUGUGCGCGAGCUGGUUCCUUCCCUCUUCCUGCCUGCCGUCUACAUACCCUCCACCCUGUCGCACAGCUGAUGAAGUGCUUGCAGAGGAUCAUGAUGGCAGAGGAGGCCUCGGGCUGCCAGGUGCCUCACCGGCCCUGGGUGUCCAUCUGGUGGGUGGCUUUGUUGCUGCUUCUCCUUGGCAUGGUGAUAGGCUGCCUCGUCUGCAGUGUUCACCUCACCCGAAAGCAGCAGCUGGAUUCAACUGGGUGGGACUUAGCGGAGCUGCAGCUGAAUCACACAGGAUCGCGGCAGGACCCCAGGCUGCGCUGGCAGGGAAGCCCAGCCCUGGGCCGCUCCUUCGUGCAUGGGCCAGAGCUGGACAACGGGCAGCUGCGUAUCCAACGUGAUGGCAUUUACAGGCUGCACAUCCAGGUGACCUUAGCCAACUGCUCCUUCUCCACGUGGACCACCAAGCCCCAUAGCGCCACCCUGACCGUGGCCAUCUGCUUCCCCACGGCCCACAGCAUCAGCCUGCUACGCCUCAACUUUCACCACGGCUGCGCCGUCGCCUCCCAGCGCCUAACGUUCUUAGCCCACGGGGACAUUCUCUGCACCAACCUUACUCAGCCUCUGCUGCCCUCCAGAAACGCUGAUGAGACUUUUUUUGGGAUUCAGUGGGUGUGCCCUUGACCAUUGCACUUCCUGGCCCAGAUUUGUUGGGAGGGAUUUUUUUCUUUGUUUUAUCGUCAAUUUAUUCGUAAGUAUUUUUAUUAUUUUGGAUACAUUGUAUUGUAUCCAAAGGUUGUAUUUCUCUUCCUGAGAAUGCAUUGGCUUUUUUUAAACUUUUUUAUUAUUUGUUCUUUUUUUCUUUUUUUUUUUUUUUUGGCCACACCAUGUGGCAUGUGGGAUCUUAGUUCCCCAGGCAGGGAAUGAACCCACACCUACCUGAAAGGCAUCUGAAGGACAGAGUCUUAACCACUGGACCACGGUGAGAUUGCAUUGUUAAUGCACAGAA